UAAUAAUAAUAAUAAUAAUAGUCAUUGAGAUCUCCCAUGGCGGUGUCUCAACAACAACAACAACCGCAGGCACCACCACCAUCAUCACCCCACAGGCAUAGACCACCCAUCUCUCUCCAACCAUCCCACAAAUCAUCCUCAAGACCACCCUCCAAACCCGCCAAGCUCCUCCGCCGAGUUCGCUCCGUCUUUAGAUCAUUCCCCAUCAUUACCCCAGCAUCAUGCAAGAUGCCGGGUUCACACAGCGUCACACGUCACCACGUGGAUGGCCAUAUCCACGGUGGUACGCGCAUGACGGGAACCUUAUUCGGGUACAGGAAAGCGAGGAUAAACCUCGCUUUCCAAGAAAACCCUAGGUGUCUUCCCAGUCUUGUCCUGGAGCUGGCAAUCCCAACAGGGAAGCUGCUCCAGGACAUGGGGACGGGUAUGGUGCGGAUUGCGUUGGAGUGCGAGAGACACCCUUCGGAGAAGACGAGGAUGGCACAAGAGCCGAUAUGGGCUUUGUACUGCAAUGGGAGGAAGUCGGGGUACGCAGUGCGGAGAGAGGCGACGGAGGAUGAUCUUGUGGUGAUGCAGUUGCUGAAUGCGGUGUCUAUGGGAGCAGGAGUGUUGCCUACGGAUCAUGGUGAUAAUAAGGAAGGAGAGUUGACUUAUAUGAGAGCAUUUUUUGAGAGAGUUGUUGGGUCUAAAGACUCUGAGACUUACCACAUGAUGAGUCCUGAUCACACCACUCAUAAUGCCACUACUGAACUAAGUAUUUUCUUUGUUAGAAUCUGAUUCAUCAUCUUCAUCACUACCUACUUUUUACACACAAGAAAAAUAAUUAAGAACCUUAUGUUAUGUAGGUUUACUUUUACACAGUUUAUCAGUGUAUAAUUUAUUUAUAUAUGAUGAGACCAUACCAUCAAAUGAUAACUUAUUAAUCAUUGACGAUAAUUCAAGUACUAUGUAUAUUGUUUAUAUUAAUUAUUUGAAAAAGAAAUAUAUA